GUGGUUGACUACAACCAACCAUUAACAUCCCCGUACACGCGUUCGACUGUGCUACGGAUCGGGAACAAUACCUAUCAUAUCCCAGCGACGUACCUAGACAAGUACCCAAAAUUGCUACCGAGCUUCAUCUUUGGUGAAGCUUACCCACUCGACAUCGACGGGGAUAUUGGACACGCCGUGGUUCACUUCAUUUAUACCGGCGGCUAUGAAACACUCCAGACCUCUCUUGACGACCCCAAUCAGUACAUUCCACGCGAGUUCCAGCGAGCCGUCCAGGUCUAUUAUACUGCCCAUAAGUACCAGAUACACGGCCUAGGCGAACUAGCCAAGACCUACAUUGAAAAGCUCGGCGACGUAAUUGGCAUUGUCACUAUAUUAAAGGCAGUCCGAAAGGUGCAUUCACGACUUCCCAGCGACGAAAGCUGGCUCCACGACUACCUCCACGCCAAGCUCCAGGGCGCAUUCGACGCGGACGAAAACACUUUCACCCGCGAUGAGUUCUACAGCAGCCUGGGAGAUGACAAUGUCUUCAACCAGGCGGUCAUGAAGAUGGUGGUGAAUAUCUACGCGAGCACGGUAUCCUCUCUGCGCGAUCGUGCAAUUGAGGACAGUCAGGUCGAACCGGUCCCAGAAAUGCAUAUAGAACCUGAUUAUCCACCGACACCUGAACAGUCCAGUCUAGAGCCGAUUGCUGAGGACCCACCCGCCGGUCCAGUCGAGGCUGAUGAGCCGACCCAACCGGACUUGACCCGAUCCGUCACGUCACCACCUCCGCCCGACUUCCCC